AUGGCCGGAGGUGGAAAGCUUUAUGUGCCCAAGGAGGCAUGGGCGGAUUGCACGGUUCCGCUGAUCUUGAUCUGUUUGCUUUAUUCUAUGGGCAGCAUUUUCUUUGGUGAUGAUGGCGCUUCAUUCGGAGGAGUCCAGACAUUUGAUCCCUUCACGCGAAAGUUUGGAAGCUGGAAUGACAAGAAAGAGGCCUAUGCGAUUCCCACGCAUGUCGUGUCCAUGAUGAACAGUCUCCCUCUCAUCGGCAAGUUCCUGGGAGCUGUCAUUGUUGGACCGAUGAUUGAACUAUGUGGCCACCGCACGUCCAUGGCCAUUACCUGCUGCGUCCAGAUCGUUGGGACAGUCAUCCAAGUCACAAGCCAUACCCCAGCUCAAUUUGUCGUCGGGCGAAUGCUCAUCUACGGCGCCGUGGGUCUGGUUGAAAACGUCGUCCCAACCUACGAAUCCGAAAUCUGCCCUGCCCCGCUCAGAGGGUUCUGCGUCGGAUCAAUUCAGCUCUUCCUCACAUUCGGCUCACUAAUCGCCGGCGUCGUGAACGAGGGCCUGUCCAAGCUCACCACCGACGCCGGAUGGAUGGUGGCAACGGGCAUCCAGAUGGUGCCUGCCGUCAUCAUCAUAUCUGGACUAUACUUUACACCAAAUUCGCCUCGCUGGCUGAUCUCAAAAAACCGGCGCUCCGAAGCCCUCAACGCUCUCAAGGUCUUUCGCCCCAAGACGGCAGCUGACGAGGGUCUCUGCGAGCUCGAGAUCAUCGCCCUCGAGAAUUCGGACAAUAGAUCAGACAAGGCACCCUGGAAGGCCCUCUUCAAUGCCUCGAACCGUCGCCGCACCUCGAUUGCGCUAGCUAUCAUGUCUCUGCAGCAAUUGACCGGCGUGACUUUCAGCAGUUCCUACGGGCCAACCUUCUACAAGCAAGUUGGAUUAGGCGACAAGGCCUUUGCUUACGCUGCCAUAAACAACGGCGUCUCCGUCGUAACCGCCAUAAUCGGCAUGUACAUGUUCGACGUCUUCGGCCGCCGCGAUCUGACCUUCCAUGGCUGCUAUUUGCAAGCGCUCUUCCUAUGCCUAAUUGGCGGCCUCGGCGCAAAUGCCAACCGCUCAACAUCCGACACGAACGGCAUGGUGGCCUCGUUUAUCCUCUACGCGGCGAUCCUGCAUGCGACGUUAGGGCCCGCGGCGUAUAUCACCGCUGCUGAGGUAGGCACUGCGACGUUGCGCGAGAAGACGAUGGCUGUUUCGACCGCAUGGAACGUCGUCGUCGGCUUCGCAGUUGUGUACACAACGCCAUACCUCCUCUCCACUCCCGGUGCGAACCUCGGCGCGAAGCUGGGAUAUGUAUGGGGUGGGUGUGCUGCAGUUGGAGCGGUGUGGGCGUGGUUCUUCAUGCCUGAGCUAAAGGGGAGAAGUCUGGAGGAUAUUGAUGAAUUGUUUGAUGCCGGGUUGCCGGCGUGGAAGUUUAAGCAGUAUGAGUGCACGGGCAUUAACCGGGAGGCUUUGGAAGGAUAUCGGGGGAAGAUGAGGCAGGUUGAGGGUGAACAUGGGAAGAAUGGGGAGAGAGUUGAGUUGGAGAAUGUUUAG